AUGGCUAGCUCAAACUCCUCCUCGCUGGUUGAACGCCACGUACCUGCAAAGAACUCUCACACCGGAGGUGAUUUCAGAGGUGAGGUACCUGGUUCUAGAGGCUGCCUAAAUGAGCUGAGCUGGGUGGCCAAAACUAUCCGGCCUGGCCGUUCGUCCACACACAAUGUGCUUGUGUUAGAGAUGGUUAUUCAGUGGGGACCAAUCAAGUCGCACCACGUGUCCCCCGCACAUUGGGUAAAGAUUCCUCUGAAGUCUCCUCAAAGGCUCUUGUGCUCAACCUUGCCUAGGUCGAUCCUCGGGCUGUUCUCAAUCUAUGAUAUGAUCCUCCAUGGACCUAGGACUGAAAUGUCCUUCAAGUACCAGAACCCCUAUGAGUUGCCUUAUAAUUCAAAGGCUCUUGUUCUUAUGGUGUUCAACCACAACCACCCUGCACGAUUCUGUUCCAUCGAGGUCAUGUCCCCUGUGGUGAAAAUUGCAGGAUAUCAGAGAAUCCUUCUGAAUAAUGAACAAACACUAAUGAAAGUCGGAGGCUCGUGGGGCGAAAGUGGUUACAUCCGGUUGGCACGGGAUGUUGAAUACAAGUGGGGCAUGUGUGACAUUGCUAUGGAAGCCAGUUAUUUGGUGGUAAACGAGCUUUCUGCAGUAUCUCACGAUCACGGUCACGAGAUGUGA